AAUUUUUCUGUAGAAAAAAAUCAUCGCGAAACUAAAACACUGCGGAAGGUUAUUGCACAUUAUAAUAUAUUUUCUUGCAAUUUCCGUAGAUUAAUCAGUUUACUGUUAUAGUUUAUUGAUCUCUUAGUAGUAAAAUUAUUUAUCUUCAUUAGAAUAACUUACGUAAGCCGUUUAAUUAGAGUGCAAUAUAAAUAAUUCAGUGCAUUAGUGUGUAGACAUCGUUGCAGCUCCGCGUACUUUGAUGACACAAAGAACCUCAGAGAACCGACACAAGCCACGUUAGCCUUGACAAACCUACCACAAACCCAACCUAACGACGAAGAAAAAUAGACUAAAAUAGUCCGUAAGACUCAAAACUGCGUGUGAUAUUAAUUUUAUUUAAAAAAAAGUAUUUAUUCUGACUGCAUUUAGAAUUUAGAAUUCGCUAUUUAAAUCCACCAAUCGAAUAGAAGUAGCCAUAGACUAAGCACAGAUAAUUAAAACCAGUGAUAAAGAAGGAAAAAGGCUGGAUCAAAGGAGGCUGUAUGCGAUAAGAUCGGACAGUAAAAUGAAAGACAGUAUGAAAUCCUGCCAGCACGCGUUAUCAGACGACGUCGUGUACAAAGAAGUUGUUGUUAUCGGCAAUGGACCGAGCGGUAUGGUCACCUCGUUCAUGCUGGCUGGUAAUGUGCCCUACCUCAAGGAGAUCCCAGAUGACUUACCUAUCGAUGAAAUGCUUAGAGCCAGACUAUCAAACCUCCCCCCUGGACAGAGUUUAUAUGAGACAGACCUCUUGGAGCUGGCUGAGGGACUCGAAGGUAGAAGCCAGAACCCCAUCCCACUGCUGAUGGACAAUCUAUUGCGGCCCUGCGCAGAUAUGGGCAUACAGGCAGACCCACUCAUAGAAUGGAAAUACGAUGUCGAGAAACAGAUCGAGCACAUAGUCCUCGGUCGUGGUCCGCCAGGCGGGUCGUGGCACACGUUCCCCCCGAGCGUGCGCACGCUGUCGCCGGCCGCGUGGCUGUCCCUGCCGCCGCACGCCCCCACCGGCACCGCGCGACUCUCCGCGCGCGCCGUCGCUAAAUACUGUCGCCGAUAUGUACACGCUUGUAAACUACAGAAAUUCUUCCGUAGCGGCGUGACAGUGACGAGCGUGACUCGCAUCCCGCAGUCUGACACGCCGCGCUGUCACAACACACACUGUCCACUCAACGCACAGUUCUGUGUUCAGGGCUUCGACAACGCGUCGUGUCGUCCGUUCCGGUACGUGUGCGCGCGCGCGGUGGUGGCGGCGGGCGGCGGCGCGCGGCCGCGCACGUUGUCGCGCGCCGUCGCCGCGCACUCGCUGCACGCGCUCGCGCACUUCGAGCGCGCGCUGCACGUACUGCGCAACACUGCAGUAGACAUGUCCCCUCCCCCGCGCGUGCUGGUGGUGGGGUCCGGCGUGAGUGCGGCGGACGGCGUGUGGCUGGCGGCGCGCGCCGGCCUGCACGCCGCGCACCUGCACCGCGCGCCCGCAGACGCACUCACGCGACUCGACCCCGCCGCCUACCCCGACUACUGCCAGGUGUACAGAAUGAUGUGCGACGGUCCGUCGGGCAACCACAAGAACUACACUCCGUACCCGCACCACACCAUCGUCGACGUCACUCCCCUCGACACGCGACACACUGACGACAUCGACGACUACGCCCUCUGUCCCAAGCGGGUCAAACUACUCGACCUCAACACCAACGAGAUCACAGAAAUACAAGUCUAUGUCAUUGGCGUCUUCAUCGGCUCCAAACCGGACCUCUUCUUCUUACAAACAAACUACCUCGACUGCAUCGACAUCAAGAUAGACUGCACCAAAUGUAUCGACGAAUCUAAACCCACCAACCGCAAGAUAGAAGAGAAACAAUGCUUCCUCAAAAACCACUGGCAUUACCUCAAGUCAAUGCUCGGACAGAGCAUCCAGAGCUGCAAGUCCAGAUACUUAAAUUAUUCCGAAAUAAAUGGCAACUCUGACACAAAGUGCGUUAUACCGGACUGUAACAAGCGAACUGUUGAUAUCAAUGAGAAAAAUAAUGUGAUGGACAAAUGUGAAAUCAUUCCAUAUUCAGACGACGACAAGGUGAAAUGUACCUGCGAGACUGUUAAUCCUUACUCUUCGGGGCUAGGCUUUGGUUUGGAUCCGAAGAAGCCAGUGGACGGAAGGAGUAACCCUAUAGCUGUAGACAAGUCUUCUCACGAGAUACUGAACGGGCCGGAGGGCAUGUACGCGCUGGGUCCCCUGACUGCGGACAACUUCGUGCGCUUCAUCCCCGGCGGGGCGCUCGCCCUCGUCACUCACAUGCACCAGAACAAACACUGACUUGCCAUAACCAUUAAUGUGAUUGUAAUACUUAAUUCGUUUUUUCUUUACAAUAAAUUAUUUUUUAUACCCAGCA